AUGGGGUUGCUGUAUCGAGCCGGGGCUGCGGCUCUGGCCUCCCUGUUGGCUUUCACGUCCGUGACCAACGCUCAGGGUUUCGACUUCCAAGAUCUGGGUGCCCAGUGCCCUGCGCAGUACAAUUACCAGUACUUGGGAUGCGCGCCAACGAUGUCGCAGCCGUUCGCCUUUUCCCCCAGCGGAUGGGACCCGAGUUCCGGCGCCGACAACUCAAAAGGCUAUAUCCAAUGGGACAACGGAGACUUUGUCAACCAAACGAUCACCCCCUAUUUUUGUUCGAACGUCUGCCGCGCCCAUGGCUUCAAGUACGCCGCGCUUUGGGACAAGGGCUGCAACUGCGGUAGCAGUCUUAGUUACACUUACCCGGGGGCGGUCGCCCCUGUAAUGCUGGUCCCUGGGAGCACCGAAACCCUGUGCCAACAAAACGCGGCUGGCGGUGACUACGGUCCAUGCGGCGGUGAUCAACGCGAAUACUGUGGCACCAACCGGGGCGCCCGUAUCUUCGUUGAUCCCUCGUUCGCCGACGAGCGGAAUUUGAACAGCCCGGCUGCCACCGCUCAAAGCUACCAGGUUCUUGGUUGCUUCACAACAGCCAACUUGCCAACGUCCAAUGAGGGGGUCACCAGGGCCCAAGUCGCCAGUGGGCCACAAUGUCUUUCCUUCUGCGCAGACCUGGGGAUGCCUUUUGUUCAAAUGAUUCCGUCAACGUCUGGAGUCAGUGGACAGGUCGUCGACUGCCGAUGUGGAACAGAAUUUGGCAAGGGAACCCAGGUGGCGACCAAUGUCCAAGGAAAUGCCUGCACCCUCCAGUGCAGUGCCCCUAACAGCGGAACGGCUUGCACAGCCCAAGACUGCUGCGGUGCCAGCAACGGGCCCUUCCCCAUCUACGUGAACCCGGCCCUGAUGGGUUGCUUCACGCCCAUCAUUCCCGGUGUGUCCGACGCCUCUGCGCCAGGUGGAUUCGACUGCUUCCCGACGCCCCAGUACAUCGCUGCCCGAGCGACUUCGUCGGUGUCUUACGUUGCCGCAACCAUGUCCGCGUCGGCCCGCUUCGUACCCACGGCAUCGCCCGCGGCCAACGCGUUCUCCAUCUACGCCUGUUACCAGAACACCGUGAUCGGCAGCGUAUUCAACACACCCGUCGAUUCGGGUCUGGCUAGCGGCAGCGUCAGCGUCACGGCUUGCGUGAACUACUGUGACACCAACGGCUACACCUACGCAGCCGUGGUUGGCGUCCCGGCCAGCCAAAAGUGCUACUGCGCCGCCGCCGGCAACAUGAUUACAGGUGUCACCCCCAACAACGCCAUGCAGGACUGCAACCAGCCUUGCGCUGGAUCCACGCGGGAAAACUGCGGUGGUAACAACGGCCCGCUCGUCUACGCCAAGGCCGCCGUGGCCGCCGGGGGGCCGUGGGCGGCGUCGUUCACGGCCAGCUACAGCUCCACGCCGGUAUACGCUUGCAAGAACACCGGUACGUAUCUGUCAUUCUUGUAG